CGGCGGGGCCGCUGAGGACGGGGCGGGCGCGCAGGCGGGCAGCCCCGCGGGGCUCCUGCAGCAGGGACCGCCGUGCCCUGGGUUCCGUCGCCCCUGCCAGACCGGUCCCACUGCACCCAAUUCCAUGAAGGAUGGGACUGCUGAAACCCGCAGUUCUGGAAGUUUCUUAGUGGGAGAGAGACAUCAGGCUCUCGUACUCGCCGUGCAGCUCGGUUUGUGUAAAAACUACAAGUUUUCCACCACCUAGAAGGUUCUGUCCCAGUUCACGAGAGAUGGGUGUUGUCCAGCAGCCUUAAGGUUGGGUUGGAAUUUGUCUGGAGUGAUCAUGACCUAUGGCUGGAUUUUGCUUGGAAAUGAGUUGUGGAAAAGCCAGAGCAAAUUAGGGGCAAAAGGCAUUUCAGCCGAACAAUGGAAGAGCUUGUUCACGAUCUUGUCUCUGCACUGGAAGAGAGCUCUGAGCAAGCCCGAGGUGGGUUUGCUGAAACAGGAGAUCAUUCUCGAAAUCUGUCUUGCCCUCUGAAACGCCAGGCCAGGAAAAGGAGAGGGAGGAAGCGUAGGUCCUAUAAUGUUCAUCACCCUUGGGAGACAGGACACUGCUUAAGUGAAGGCUCUGAUUCUAGUUUAGAAGAACCAAGUAAGGACUAUAGAGAGAACCACAGCAAUAAGAAAGAUCACAGUGACUCUGAUGACCAGAUGUUAGUGGCAAAGCGCAGGCCAUCUUCCAACUUAAAUAACAGUGUUCGAGGUAAAAGACUUCUGUGGCAUGAGUCUGAUUUUGCUGUGGACAACCUUGGGAACAGAACUCUCCGCCGUAGGAGGAAAGUGAAGCGCAUGGCAGUGGAUCUCCCGCAGGACAUCUCCAGCAAAAGGACAAUGACCCAGCUGCCUGAAGGCUGUAGAGAUCAGGACAUGGACAAUGAUAGAGCUUACCAAUAUCCAGAGUUUACCCGGAAUAAAGUUAAAAAAAGGAAGUUGAAAGUGAUUAGACAAGGACCAAAAACCCAAGAGGAAGGAGGAGGUUUGGAAAGUGAAGACAUAAGUCAGACCAAUAAAGACAAAAUGGAGUAUGAAGAACAAAAAGUCUCAGAUGAGCUCAUGAGCGAAAGUGACUCCAGCAGCCUCAGUAGCACCGACGCCGGGUUGUUCACCAAUGACGAGGGAAGACAAGGUGAUGAUGAACAGAGUGACUGGUUCUAUGAAAAGGAGUCUGGUGGAGCCUGUGGUAUUGCUGGAGUUGUGCCCUGGUGGGAGAAGGAAGAUCCUGCAGAACUAGACAGAAACGUGUCCGACCCUGUGUUUGAAAGUAUCCUAAGUGGUUCUUUUCCCCUCAUGUCACAUCCUGGCAGACGAGGUUUCCAAGCUAGACUCAGUUGCCUCCAUGGAAUGCCUUCAAAGAAUAUUAAAAAAUCUGGAGGGGCUCCACCUUCAAUGACGUCUGCUCCUGGCCCCGUCAGUAACAAGAGGAUGGUCCACUUUUCCCCAGAUGCCCAUCACCAUGACCACUGGUUUAGCCCUGGGGCUAGGACGGAGCAUGGCCAGCAUCAGCUUCUGAGAGAGAACCGAGCAGAAAGGGGACACAAGAAGAACUGCUCCGUGAAAACAGCCAGCAGGCAAACAAGCAUGCAUUUAGGAUCCUUGUGCACAGGAGACAUCAAAAGGAGAAGAAAAGCUGCCCCUUUGCCUGGACCCACUACAGCAGGAAUUGUGGGUGAAAAUGCCCAGCCGAUCCUAGAGAGCAACAUCGGGAACCGCAUGCUUCAGAGUAUGGGCUGGACACCCGGGUCGGGCCUCGGGCGAGAUGGCAGAGGGAUCUCUGAGCCAGUUCAAGCCGUGCAGAGGCCGAAAGGGUUAGGACUUGGAUUCCCUCUACCAAAAAGCACUCCUACCAGCUCUGCCCCCACGUCGGCAAAGCCUUCCUGAGCAGAAAAGCAAGGAAAAGAACAUGCAGUUUCUGUUCCCGUGCCCAUUGUUCUGAAGUGAUCGCAGAGCUCUCUGUUUUGAAGCUGGCUCUGCAUUGCCUCCAGCCAGCUUCCAGGCUGCUUAGAGUCCUGCCACAGUGAUAGAAAUGGGAUUCCAUCACAAUUCAUGGUGCUGAAGUACAAAUCUCCAUCCUUUGUUUCCUCAUCAUUUCCAGCAGUUUGAAGAUAUGAAGAACAGUUGGUCUUUUAUUUAUUUUGAUCCUAGAUGUCAAUUCUUUCUGCUGCCUUGCUCGAUCCAUGCAUGUGUGUGAUACCCAGACAAACUAGGCUGGAAAGGAUGGAGUUUCUCGUGAUGCCUACACUAGGUAGUUCUGUCUGCCUCUCUUCCACCCCCUCCCCAUCUAGGGAGUACUAAGCACAUAUGGGAAAGGCUUGCUAAGCUCACAUUUCUUGACUUUGGCUCUCAUAAGGAUUUGUAGCAAUGAUGCCCAUUAAUUCUAGUGUAGCAUGAAUUCACAGUGGGCAAGCAGUAAGUAAUCAGAAUUUCCCUUGGACAUUUGAUAACGUUCAUUGUCAUCAUCACCAGAGUGCCCUCGACAUUACUCCAGUGCAUUUUAUAAAUUUUACCUCAUUUAGAACAUAAAAUAAUUACUAAAAGAAAAAUGUAUUUUUUAAAUUCAUGCUGCCUGAACUGUAAACCCUGCCCUCCAGAUGUCUACCUCUUCCCAAAGGUUGGUAUUUUCUAAGGGUCAGCUCCAAGAUGAAGAAAGGUGAUUUAAGGUUUUAGUCACUGAAGUAAAUUAUUAGACUCUUGAGUCAGUUUAUUUGAAGAUUUAAGUAGCUUUCCCAAGAUGUCUGGCAAUGGCCUAAUCUGCUUCCUAAGGAAUAGGAGAAACUUAGGGGACCUGUCAUCCUCAGAUUAAAACACUUACUUUACAAUUAAGCAGCACAAGUAUGUUUCUUCCAUUCCAUUACUGCGGUAUUUCUGAGUCAUUCACUUCAUAAUGUCAGAAAUUUUAAAUUGUUCUUUGUUCAGAAAAUACUGAUUGGUUAGAAUCAUCAUUAAAAACCCUGAUAAUUAUUAUUACUUACAGUGGUAACAGUUAGUUCAGUAAAGGUUGAGAUAACCCACAUAAGUCUAUCCUUGAACAAAAGCCAAUGGACUUCAGUUUUGUGAAUUGAAAAAAAAAUUUUUUUUAAAUAUUUUUUUAAGGCAGUAGAAAAGGUUUCAAGAGGUAACAGACCUUUCCUCCGUGAUCCCCUAAUGAAAAUGCAGCCUCUGUAGUUUGGUAAACGUCUGCAUUUCUUCUGGGAACUGUCUUCCCUGAGAGCACUGUGGUGGGAAGUGGGCUGGCUAGGACAAGACAGGUAGACACCUGCGUGAGCUCUCCUGGAACACUUGUGCUGCUACUUGUACAAGUUCGUCACUAGAAAUUUGCCAUUUCUUAACAGUUGUCUUCCUAAAUGCUUAUUGUAUGCAUGUAGGAAGGAAGAUGGAAGAGAUUAUAAUAGUAUACUAUACCCAAGGGUCUAUUCCAAAGUUGUUUGCUUUUCUUUGUUUGGAUUUCAUUUCUUGAAGGUCUUGUAAAGCCCUGGGGUUUUUAAAGGCUCAGUUUGAAGCCAUUGCAUGCUUGGUUCCAAGCCUCAGAGGAAGUGGUUCCUGUUCUCACUUCCCCUUGUUCUGGAGGAUGCACAGGGCAGCCCACGUGCUGAGCCAGUAGUGCCUCCCUAGGUCACUGGUCUUUCUAUCCUCGACCUCCAGACGUGCGGACCUUGUGCGCGGCUUCUGCGGGAAGCUGCUCGUUGAGCACCUGUGACACCAAAGUUCUACUUUUCACACUAGAAACUUCUUGACUCACAGGUAACUGAGGACAGUUUAUAUUCUACUAGUGAUUAUCUGUUUAGAGGAAAUGAUCAGCACUCCAUUAGAGAAGACUGCCCCACACCACCCCUUCAGCAUUCAAGUUCUUAUAAAGAUAAGCAAGAUGUGACACUAUUUUACCUAACCAUAGCUGAGAAGUAAACACAAUUGAAAUAGGAAACUUUAAUGUAAAUCAGAUGUCUGCUCAGGACAUGAAUCUGCUGGUUUAUGCUUAAUAGAGAUUAAUAAAUUUUUGUCAGUUCAAAUUGGCUCAUGGAGCCAACAUCAUCAAAAGAGUUUGUGAUUUUAAAUGUAUCAUUUGUAGCUUCUUGAAAUAGUGUUGAGAUUUCCUCGGCUUCCCCAUGAAGCCACUCUGCUGUUCUGCAAGUUAACCAGUUAGGGUCUCUUCCCUUUCCAUCUACUCAGUACAGUAGCCAAAGAAUCCAAGUGUGGCCGCAUGAGCAGUGUGACUCCACAUUGUGUCCAUUUGAUGUCAUUCAGAUGUGGACUGCGGUCAUUUCCUGCCUUUUCCUUUCCUAAGUAAAACGUAUAAUGCUGUAAACCUCUCAGAUCCACUUCCUUUAGUUUCGAAAUGAUGUAGUGACUUUAAAAGUGGCCAGCCAUGCUAACACCUACUUAUAUUCACAGAAAUUGGGAGAUUAAGGUAUGAGGAGGGUUGCCAUGAGUCCAAGACCAACCUAAUCUAUAGAAUGAGUGUUUCAGGACAGAUGGGGCUACAUGGUGAGACUCUGUGUCUCAAAAAUAUAUAUCAAUGUGAAUCCAUUGCUAAGUGCAGCUUGCCCAUCAGUUGGGCUCCAUGUUUGAACGCAGUGGUUAGGAACUCCUGGCUAUAGUGAUUAAGCAGAUAGAAGUGAAGAUGGCAGGGUUAAAUAUGCAUGUGUACACGUGUACACACAGGUGCGUCCGUGGCCCAUGUUCGUAUGCAGUGUACAGACGUGAUUGACAAAUUCUGCCCUUCAUUCAUGUCUAACAUUUCAAAUUGGUAUUCAGUGCAUUUCAUUUUGAGCAGAUGUUUCAUAAGAGAGAAAUUGUUGAAAUACUUUUAAAACCAUUUUAAUUUGUAUUUUGUCUUUCAGAAAGAGAAAUGAUCUACAUUGGUACUGUAAAAUGAAGUUGUUAGCAAGGAAUACUUUGACUUUUUUUGUAGAAAACUUAUUAGUUCAAGAAAGAACUAAAAUAAUAAAGCACAGUGUUAACAUUA